ACAAGCUAGCAGCCGCGCCAUUUUGGUUCCACAGUUUCUUACCGUUUUGGCAGCUUUUGUGUAAUUUUAACCAUUUUUAACUUUAUUUUUCUACCGAAGAACACUCUGGAGUUUCAAAUAAGGACAUGGACUGAAUGUUUGCUGAUUGAUUUUGUUUUAGCGGCUUGUUAGAACCAGAGAAAGAAGUUUUGAUGUUUUCAACAGAUUUAUUUGUAAUUUGCUGCCGCCGUUACUUCUGAGCACCGAGAGCCGCAGAGCCGCACCGUCCGAUGCUGCUGGAACAUGUCCUAUGUUCCCUUUCAAGCGCCACAUCCGACAGGUGCAUGAGCUCCAGACUGCGUCCCCCCUAGACAGAAGCCCACCGAAAAGGCGCGCGCGCUCAGAUGCAAGGUUUGCCGUCCCACCCUCCUAUCAUCAUCACCAUCAUCGCUCCCACGUUCACUCCUUCCACGCUCCUGCCUACCACCCUCCCUCACAGGAACGUCUCUCCUACGAUCGUCCCUCCUACAACCGUCCUUCCUUUGAGCAACCUUCCUUUGCCCGUCCUUCCUUUGAGCAACCUUCCUUUGCCCGUCCUUCCUUUGAGCAACCUUCCUUUGCCCGUCCUUCCUUUGAACGUCCAUCCUUUGAACGUCCAUCCUUCGACCGCCCCUCCUUCGACCGCCCUUCCGUUGACCGCCCCUCCUUCGACCGCCCUUCUUUCGACCGCCCUCCCUACAGCCGCCCCUUGCACGAGCGUCCCAUCUACGACCGCCCCUUGCACGAACGUCCAUCCCACGACCACUGGAACGCCCGUCUUCGUGUGAGCUCCGGCCAUCAAUUCAACAUGUUGGACCAGGAAGAGGUACACCCCUUGCUGAUGCGUGAGCGGCGCUCGGAGACCCACAGGAACAAGUUACUGCGGCGGACUGUCAGCGUUCCUGUUGAGGGCAGACAUCACCCUGAGAUGGAUCACCGCCUCCGGAGGAAGAGCAUAGCCACUGGGAAGCAACCCAGCAUGGAGGUCCCUCCCACUGCCCCCCUUCAACCCUUCCGACAAUCCGUGAGUAACCCUGCCUGUCCUCGGCCUCGCUCGCUGCCUCCGUCCCUCUCGCUGUCCCUUGUCCCCCACCCCGCCCUCGGCCCAUCGCACACCUGUGGCAGACGGGUCAGCGGCACCCCGCCUCACCCGUUCCCCCUGUCCCUGGCCGUCCCCCCUCCCCACGCCUUUUGCCCGCAGCAGCAGCAAAAAGGCUCCAAGAAAGGGUCCGGCACGCCCCCGUUGGCCCGCUCUCUUCCUCUCUCCCCCUCCUUGUCCUUCACCCUGCCCCACUCACCCGCCGCCUCCUCCCCCUCCCCCUACUUGUACUGGGGCGGAGACUGGAGGGCUGCCGGUUCGAAUCCAGUAGCGGGAGGAAUGUUUAUUGCACCGCUGCCCCCUGUCGAGAGUUUCCUCAGUAAAAGGUUGAAGGGCUCAAUCAAGAGGGCCAAGAGCCAGCCGAAACUGGACCGAACGAGCAGUUUCCGCCACAUGAUCCUCCCCCGCUUCCGCAGUGCCGACCAAGACAGGACCCGUUUGAUGCAGAGCUUCAAAGAGUCCCACUCCCACGAGUCCCUGCUGUCCCCCAGCAGUGCUGCCGAGGCGCUGGACCUCACCUUGGAUGAAGACGCCAUCAUCAAACCCGUCCACUCCAGCAUCCUGGGACAGGAGUACUGCUUCGAGGUGACAACGGCUUCAGGAACCAAGUGCUUUGCGUGUCGCUCAGCCGCAGAGAGAGACAAAUGGAUCGAGAACCUGCAGAGAGCUGUCAAGCCCAACAAGGACAACAGCCGGAGGGUGGACAACGUGCUGAAGCUGUGGAUCAUCGAGGCCCGAGAGCUGCCGGCGAAGAAGCGCUACUACUGCGAGCUGUGUCUGGACGACAUGCUGUACGCACGCACCACCAGCAAGCCCCGCACCGACACCGUUUUCUGGGGCGAGCACUUUGAAUUCAACAACCUGCCAGCUGUGCGCAACCUACGCCUUCAUCUGUACAAAGAGACGGACAAGAAAAGACGCAAGGAAAAGAGCACGUACUUAGGGCUCGUCAGCAUCCCCAUCUCCAGCAUCACCGGUCGUCAGUUUGUGGAGCAGUGGUACCCGGUCAUCCAGCCCAGCGUCCUCACAAAGGGUGCGGGUGUCGGAGGAGGGAAGAUCAUCAAUGCAUCGCUACGUCUCAAAUCCCGCUUCCAAACCAUGAACAUCCUGCCCAUGGAGCUGUACAAGGAGUUCGCAGAGUACGUCACCAACAACUACCGCACCCUGUGUGCCGUGCUGGAGCCCGUGCUGAGUGUCAAGAGCAAAGAGGAGGUGGCCUGCGCUCUGGUGCACAUCCUGCAGAGCACGGGUAAAGCUAAGGAUUUCCUGUCUGACAUGGCGAUGUGUGAGGUAGACAGAUUCAUCGACCGAGAACACCUUAUCUUCAGAGAGAACACUCUGGCCACCAAAGCCAUAGAAGAGUACCUCAAGCUGAUCGGACACAAGUACCUCAAGGACGCUAUUGGUGAGUUUAUAAGGGCCUUGUAUGAGUCAGAGGAAAACUGUGAAGUGGACCCGAUGAGAAUACCCCCGUCUGUGCUACCAGACCACCAAGCCAACCUUCGAAUGUGCUGCGAACUGGCACUCUGCAAAAUUGUCAACUCCCAUUGUGUUUUCCCGCGUGAGCUAAAGGAAGUUUUCGCCUCCUGGAGAGUGCGUUGUGCCGAGAGGGGUCGAGAAGACAUCGCCGACCGUCUCAUCAGUGGCUCGCUCUUUCUCCGCUUCCUGUGUCCCGCCAUCAUGUCCCCGUCUCUGUUCAACCUCACCCAGGAGUAUCCCGACGAGCAGACGUCACGCACGCUCACCCUCAUUGCUAAAGUCGUGCAAAACCUGGCUAACUUCUCCAAGUUUGGCAAUAAAGAGGAGUACAUGUGCUUCAUGAAUGAGUUUUUGGAGAUGGAGUGGGGCUCCAUGCAGCAGUUCCUGUAUGAAAUAUCCAACCUGGACAGUGUCAGCAAUGCAGGUGGCUUUGAGGGCUAUAUUGACCUGGGCAGGGAGCUGUCCAUUCUGCACAGCCUGCUGUGGGAGGUCAUGGCUCAGCUCAGCAAGGAUGCCAUCAUCAAACUAGGUCCUUUGCCCCGCCUCCUCAAUGACAUCAGCAUGGCGUUGCGUAACCCUCACCUCCAGAGACAGCCGAGCCAUCAGACGGACAGGGUGCAGGACAGACAGAUGGACAGGCUGCUCUCACGACCAAGUUUUAACCGCGGCAUUUCAUCUGAGUUCCAGAAUCUCAUGAUGAGGGAUUUAAACAGCUCCAUAGAUAUCACUCGUUUGCCUUCCCCCACCUCCACCGGAGGGGUCAUGCCUUCCCGCUCCCAGAUGAGUUUUCAGGACCGCGAUCACCCUCAUCGAGUUUCCAAAGACAUGUUUUACGUCUCACGCCCACCCCUGGCCCGCUCCAGCCCGGCGUACUGCACGAGCAGCUCGGACAUCACAGAGCCGGACCCUAAGGAUUCCCGAAUGAACAGCGUGUCUAACCUGCAGUCGGUGGACAUGCUCAACUCCUCCCAGGCCUCCAUCGCUGGUAUGGGCAGCUUCGGAGGGCUGAGCAGCGGAGGCGGUGGCGGCCUGGGGUCGGGCCUGAGCAGCCAGCUGCGGGCCGGUGGUAGGUUGUCAGCUGGCUCUGGCGGCUCCAGCAUGUCUGGCGGCCUCCGGCUGAGCCAGCUGAGCCAGAUGGGCGCCACAACCGACUCGCUAUCCCAGCAGCAACAACAGCAGGCCGCCGCCAUGCGCUACCCGCUUUCCUUCCAGAAUCCCCUCUUUCAUCUGGCGACGGCUGACGGGCCUCAACAGCAACAGUUGCACCACCAGCACAGUCGGGCUCAGCCCCCAGCACCCCUCCUCCUGGCCCCAGAACCUGAGCCCUCUCAUCAAACCUACAUUCCACAGUUUGCCCAUGGAGGGUUCUCUCGCAGUGAGGAUCUGUCCACCCUCAGGACCAGGGACAGUCACCUGGGCCAACCCAGCAUCAUCCACUCUCACAGCUACAGCGAUGACUACAGCAGGGCUGACUACGCACGCAGGCAGAUGUCCAUGCAUGUGCAGGAUAAUCUCCAACAGCAACAAGAAAUGAUGGGCAUGGCCUCCCAGACUGGGACCUCGCACUCCUCCUUGGCCACCACGCCACCAUCCACGGUCCAACCCAUGCGCCAGAGCUCUGUGGCUCCGCCCCCCAGCCAGCGGGUCAAGUCCCAGACGUCCCAUCAGCUGUCCGUCAGCUCGGCAGCUCAGCCCGCUCCAUCCGGUAAAUCUCGACCACAGAGCGGUAACCUUCUCCAGUCACCAGAAUCCGGCUACGGCGGCAGGCAGCAUGGACCCCGGCAGCUGUCGGUCAAAGACAACACCGCCCCGGGUCUCCCCCACCAGCAGAGCUCUGUCAGGGAAAGUGGAAGUCCACAGGGGACCACCAGUCAGAGCACUCAGCAGUCCCCACAGCAACAGUCUCAACAGCACCUUCUCAAACCCACCAUGAGCAAACAGGGCUCCCAGACACCAUCCACCCUCAAUCCCCCGACCCCAGCUAACGAGAGAACUGUGGCCUGGGUUUCCAACAUGCCUCAUCUGUCAGCUGACAUCGAAAGUUCGCGAAUCGACCGAGAAGAAUUCAAACUGAAGGAGUACUCAAAGAGCAUGGAUGAGUCGCGCAUGGACAGGGUCCGAGAGUACGAGGAGGAGAUCAACUGUUUGAAGGAGCGCCUGGUGAUGUCCCACAAAAAGCUGGAGGAGUACGAGCGCAGGCUUCUCAUGCAGGAGCAACAGACCAAUAAGAUCCUCCUUCAGUACCAGAAUCGACUCGAGGACAGCGAGAGGAGACUACGGCAACAGCAAGUGGAGAAAGACUCCCAAAUUAAAGGAAUAAUUAACAGACUCAUGGCUGUGGAGGAUGAAAUAAGGGGCGGAGCCGUUUAUGAGCCAAAAACCAGGAUUUUUGCUGAUCAGGGGAGGCGUCAGUCCAUCCUAGUGCAGCCCCGACUUGCACCUGUCCCACCCCGAAUACCCAGCCACUCUCAAAGCUUCAUGGAGGACAAUGUGGAACCUAAUUGGCUGAUGCACCAUCGGCAGUCUGCGGGCUGGCACGGCCAAAUGUCCCGAGCCCUCUCUCGUGACGCGAUUGGCUGACAAAGGGAGAACGUGGGACGUUGGUCCCAUUCUCUCUUCUCAAAGGAUGGUGCGACCCCCCGGCGGACCAUGUAAGGAAACGCUGGGCUUUAUUAUUUUGUUUCUCACUUUACUUGAGCCCUCUCUCUCUCUGAUUUGCAAAAAGGAUUACUUUUUUUAAUGUGCUUGACGCCUCGUUGUUGGAUCAACAUUUGGCCUUUUUAAAGGUGGGCUGGACAUGUUUUUAGUGUUUGUUCGCCUGCCGAGCAUGCAAAGAACAGCUAUGCAGUCUGACCAAUCAGAAGGAAGAACUCAAAGGCCAAGGACUGAAAUAAGAGAGAGGGUUGUUAAAGUGGAUUUCAAAGGUGCUUGACUUCUCUGAAUAUUUCAGUCAAAGCGGAUUUACUUUCCAAACAUUUAUUUCCCUCUCUUAUUCUCUUAUUGCAAUCUUUAAAUUACUUUUUAGUUCCUUUUUUAUUUACACUUAAGCAUCCUCGUCACACGUUUGAACCCUCUUAAAAGUUUUUUUUAUUUGUAGUUUUUAGCUCUUCCAUCAAGAUUGUUUUCAGACUUUGAUUUUGAAGGAAACUAAAUAUGCACAGCCUCAAUCAAAGACUCCUUAGGAACAAAAACUUGUUUCAAUGAAGACUUUGACAAAAAAAAAACCUGGACAGAAUGUUGUUAUUUAUAUUUCUAUGAUAAUAUGAAUUAUUCUUACAGUAGUAUUUUAAAAGCCUCUUCAUCAGACAUCUUCUGGAGAAGAUCUUUAUUUCUUGAUGAAGACAGAUGACUCCAUCUGAUGGAGUUUUAUAGAAACACUUUUCAUAUUCAGACAAUCUUGUGGAGGAAAGUGUUGCCCUGCAGGACUGAGGGACAAGCUUGUGUUUUACCUAUUGACACCCCCCCCCCCACACACACACACACACACACACACACAACAGUUUGCACGUUGCUGUGACCAGCCGUUUCCUCCUAACGAUAAAAAGAGUUAACGACAAAGAUGCAGAGGAGGUUGUUUCUCCUCCACCCGCCGCCAUGGAGCUCUCCAUUUACGGACGAUGCAGACGUCGCUGGACGAGGACGUUUCCUUCGCAGGUGUGCAGAGUUUAAACAGAGCAGGGGGGUGCUGGGCUUCUGUGUGACCAUAUCUUCUGCAGUCCAGGUGCUGUAAAACACCUCAUUUCUUUCUAACGAGGGACUCCACUGACACCAAUCAGACCUGAAAUCCCUGCCAUUUGUGACUGAAGGGAAACCAGAGAGAGAGAUAUGUUAGAGGUCCUGCUGAGCCGAGUGAAUGUGUUUGUAUAUAUGUGUGUUCUGGUUAAACCUCUGUAUAUACUGCAUAAAUGUGUAUAUAUGGUAUGUCUAUACAGUUUGUUUGUAUAAUGCAGAGUGUACAGUUAUUUUUUCCUCUAAUGUUUCUCUCUCUUUCUAUGAAUAGGUCUUCUAAAAUUACCAGUAGUGAGGCACGGGGAGGUUUUUACACACUGACAGCGAUCACAAGCACUUUCUGUGCAGACUUAGAACAUCAGCAACGUCUGUCACUUUACAGCUGCUUUUUCUCCAGGCUCUCAAAUCAAACUCACUUAAGCUUGCACUCAUUUUCUGACCAACUCAAAAGCUUUUUUUUUUAAAUAAAAAAGAUUUGGGUGACCAAGCAAUGUUUGUACAUAUUAUAACGUACACUAAAACCAGUUAUUUAUUAUUUUUCUCUCCAGAAACCUUCAUUUCCUCACAGGUUCAAGCCUGUUUCGAGUUCUCACGUUUAACUUUUGGUUCCUAAGAUUUAUGUUUGGCGAUGGUUGUCAUUCAGAGUUAUAUAUUUAUUCUGACAACCCUUAUAUAUGUAUAGAUGUUCUUUGAAAUUUUGACUCCCCCAAAUUCUGCCUCUGAUGGAGUCAUCGAAGCGUUUUUAUGCAGACGAAUCCUUCCAUAGAAGUAUACUGUUAUUACUCAACAUUGCUUGUUUUUUUGUAUAGGUCCUAACUAAAUAAGUGUGCCUCCCUCUUAUACUCUUACUAACCACAGAUCCAGUCACUCUGCUGGUCAAACAUCUUCAUACCCCCCUUUUACAAGCCAUAGCUCCCCCCCUCCUUUUCCCCCAAAACUCCUCUAAUUGUUGUUUUGACAGAACAGACAUUUGGGGAUUUUGUGUAUAUUAAUGGAAGAGUGGUGUUGAAGAGUGUUUUUUUGCAGUUGUAUAUGGAUUUGUUAUGAAUGUGGAUAUUCUGAUAAUUGAUUAAUUAUUAUUGUAAUAAUGAUAAUAAUUAUUGCCUCUUUGAGUUUGUUGACUAAUUCUUAUGAUGCGGUUGAUGAAAAUGCCAUUUUUUUGUUUUGAUUUUUUGUUUUUGAAUACACCGAAAUUUAUAUUUUUCGGGUGGGCGAGAGAGGAGAUAGAAUUACGUAAAUAAAUUAUUAAAUUAAAAGAUUAUUGAAUUCUUAA